UGGCGAUCUAGAAGCUUCUUCAUGCUGAAAUUCCAUCGAUGAGAUAAUCCACCACGAUCUGAAGAAUUUACAGUAGAAAAUUGAGAUUUUAUUGCAAAUAUGGCUAGCACAGGAUCCAUAGCUUUCGAUGAAUAUGGCCGUCCGUUCAUCAUCCUUCGGGAUCAAGAGAACAAGACCCGAUUGACCGGCAUUGAAGCCCACAAAAGUCACAUUCUUGCCGCUAAAUCAGUGGCAAGUGUAUUGAAGACGAGUUUAGGGCCGAAAGGCCUUGAUAAGAUGUUGGUCAGUCCUGAUGGUGAUUUGACCAUCACCAAUGAUGGAGCUACUAUUCUGGGUCAAAUGGACGUGGAUCACCAGAUUGCUAAGUUGAUGGUGCAGUUAUCAAGAUCACAGGAUGAUGAAAUUGGUGAUGGAACUACUGGUGUUGUUGUAUUGGCAGGAGCUUUAUUAGAACAAGCAGAACAGUUGUUAGAUCGUGGUAUACACCCUAUUAGAAUAGCAGAUGGAUAUGAAAUGGCCGCCAGAGUUGCUGUUGAAACAUUAGAUAAAAUCAGUGAUAAAUUUGAUGUUGAUUUGAAGAAACCAGAACCCCUCAUCAGACUAGCUAUGACUACACUUGGCUCUAAAAUUAUUAAUCGAUGUCAUCGUCAAAUGGCUGAGAUAGCAGUAGAUGCUAUUUUAGCUGUAGCUGAUUUGAAUCGUAAAGAUGUAGAUUUUGAGUUGAUUAAAGUAGAAGGUAAAGUUGGAGGAAAGUUAGAAGAUACUAUGUUAGUUAAAGGUGUUGUUAUAGAUAAAGAUAUGAGCCAUCCUCAGAUGCCUAAGACAGUCAAAGAUGCUAAGAUGGCUAUCCUUACCUGCCCCUUUGAACCCCCAAAGCCGAAAACUAAACAUAAGUUAGAUGUAACAUCAGUAGAGGACUACCAUAACCUGAGAGAAUAUGAACUCAACAAGUUUGAAAGUAUGGUACAGCAGGUUAAAGACAAGGGAGCUAACCUAGUUAUCUGUCAAUGGGGUUUUGAUGACGAGGCUAACCAUCUUCUAUUACAACGUGAAUUACCAGCUGUUAGAUGGGUCGGUGGGCCAGAAAUAGAGUUAAUUGCUAUAGCCACUGGAGGUAGAAUUGUACCACGAUUUGAAGAGUUAACUAAAGAGAAACUGGGGCAUGCUGGUAUAGUAAGAGAACUAACCUUCGGAACGACUAAAGAACGUAUGUUGGUUAUUGAAGAAUGUAAAAACUCACGAGCUGUUACCAUCUUUAUCAGAGGUGGAAACAAAAUGAUAGUAGAUGAAGCUAAGAGAAGUUUACACGAUGCUUUAUGUGUGAUACGUAAUUUAGUACGAGAUAAUCGUGUUGUAUAUGGGGGAGGGGCACCUGAAAUAGCCUGCUCAUUGGCUGUAGCUGCUGCAGCAGAUAAGAUUUCAACACUAGAACAGUAUGCUGUAAGAGCGUUCUCUGAAGCUUUAGAAAGUAUCCCUCUAGCCCUGGCUGAGAACAGUGGGCAUGCUCCCAUUCAUACACUAGCCGAGGUGAAGUCUAGACAAGUGAAAGAGAAAAAUGGCCGACUUGGUAUUGACUGUUUACAUAAAGGCACUAAUGAUAUGAAAGAUCAACAAGUCAUAGAAACAUUGAUGGCUAAAAAACAACAGUUGCUCCUGGCAACACAGUUAGUACGCAUGAUACUAAAAAUAGAUGAUGUGCGUGCACCAAGCGACUUCUAGUUUCAAACCUUUAUAUCAAAUUUAUUUAUAAUUUUAUUAUCUAUGUCAUCUUAAGUGCUGCUUUUCGUGUAAAUUUCAUUUAUAAAAAAAUUGCAUAAAUCUCAUUUUCUACUCAGAAA